AAAUGGAUGGACCAAGUGGGAAAGGAGGCGGUAGUGUGGAUAUCUACUUGCCGAACUAUAAACUUGGUAAAACUCUUGGAAUUGGUUCAUUUGGUAAGGUAAAAAUUGCAGAGCAUGCGUUGACGGGCCACAAAGUUGCCAUCAAAAUCCUUAAUCGUCGAAAGAUAAAAAACAUGGAAAUGGAAGAAAAAGUGAGACGAGAGAUAAAAAUAUUGAAACUAUUCAUGCAUCCUCAUAUUAUACGACUGUAUGAAGUUAUAGAAACACCGACAGAUAUUUAUGUUGUGAUGGAGUAUGUAAAGUCAGGGGAGCUGUUUGAUUACAUUGUAGAGAAGGGAAGGUUGCAGGAGGAUGAAGCUCGCAAUUUUUUUCAGCAGAUAAUUUCUGGUGUGGAGUACUGCCACAGAAAUAUGGUGGUUCAUAGGGAUCUUAAGCCAGAGAAUCUGCUUUUGGAUUCCAAAUGCAAUGUUAAGAUUGCUGAUUUUGGCUUGAGCAAUGUCAUGCGGGAUGGCCAUUUCCUGAAAACAAGCUGCGGAAGUCCAAACUAUGCUGCCCCAGAGGUUAUUUCUGGGAAACUAUACGCUGGGCCUGAGGUUGAUGUUUGGAGCUGUGGUGUAAUCUUAUAUGCUCUUCUUUGCGGUACCCUUCCUUUUGAUGAUGAAAACAUUCCUAACCUAUUCAAGAAAAUAAAGGGUGGAAUAUAUACUCUUCCAAGUCAUUUAUCAGCUGGAGCAAGGGAUUUGAUCCCUAGAAUGCUUGUUGUAGAGCCAAUGAAGCGAAUGACUAUUCCUGAAAUCCGUCAGCAUCCAUGGUUCCAAGCUCAUCUUCCCCGCUAUUUAGCUGUGCCUCCACCUGAUUCAAUGCAACAGGCAAAAAAGAUUGAUGAAGAUAUUCUUCAGGAAGUAGUGAAGAUGGGAUUUGACAGGAACCAACUGGUUGAGUCUCUUCGCAACAGGAAAACAAAUGAUGGUACUGUUGCAUAUUAUCUGUUGUUGGACAACCGGUUCCGGGUUUCUAGUGGCUAUCUUGGAGCUGAGUUUCAGGAGUCGAUGGAAUGCAAUUUCACACGUAUGCAUCCAGGUGAAGCUGCAUCUUCUGCCAUUGGGCAUCGACUGCCGGGAUAUAUGGAGCAUCAGGGAAUUGGCUUAAGAACCCAAUUCCCUGUUGAGAGGAAAUGGGCUCUUGGACUUCAGUCUCGAGCUCAUCCUCGUGAGAUAAUGACUGAGGUUCUAAAAGCUCUUCAAGCACUGGAGGUGUGUUGGAAAAAAAUUGGUCACUACAACAUGAAGUGCCGAUAUCCUCGCUUUCCAGGCGGUUCUGAAGGCAUGGUCAACAGUGCAGUGCAUGGUAACCAUUACUUUGCGGAUGAAUCUGCAAUUGUUGAGAAUGAUGGGGUUAGUAGGCAAACAAAUGUAGUCAAGUUUGAGUUGCAGCUCUAUAAGACUCGUGAGGAGAAGUAUCUGCUUGAUCUGCAAAGGGUGAACGGACCUCAGUUUCUGUUCUUGGAUCUCUGUGCUGCUUUCCUUGCUCAACUUCGAGUCCUAUGAUAUUGGGUUCAUUCAGGCUGGAGAUUUACCCAGGAAGGUCAUAUGAUGCUUGUGAAUAAUUACGGACAUUGUAUAUUCCGACUGGUGUGAUUUAUAUUUUCAGCUCUUUUCUAAGUCGCAGGCAUGCUUUGAUUCCCUAUAACAACUUUGUGAACUAUGGUUUACUCAAUUGUAUGAGCUCAGAACGUCUUUGAAUCAAUAUGGAACUUUGUUAAUUAAUAGCUACGAAUGUGACCAUGGAGAUUAGCAAGGGAAGGAUGGAUAAUUGUA